AUGCUGCUGGGGAAAAGGCCGCCGUGGGAUGGCGUGAGAGAAAAGUCUGGCCGUACGUUGCUGGUUCUGGUUCGAGUGCUGUGGACUUGGCACAAGGUGGCGGAGGUCAAGGUGGCGGAGGUCAAGGUGGUGGAGGUCAAGGUGGUGGAGGUCAAGGUGGUGGAUGUCAAUCUGGUGGAGGUCAAUCUGGUGGAGGUCGAGGUGGUGGCGUCCCAAGCGGGCUUCGAAUUCUUCUUCAUUGGUGGUGGCUGGGGGCAGACGGGGUCAACAGCUAGAAGAACCAAGGCCUCGGCGUUUGGAUUCGUGGUCUCGGAAAGCGCCUGGCAUCUGGUAUCUGGUGCUUUGGUGCUUCCACGAUGCAGCACUGAGGCGACCAGACAGCACGAACCCCCGCCUUUUUUGGGCAACCCAGGUCCGCUCAUGAGUGAGCCCAUCAUCGAUGAUGGCGGGGGCGUCAAAGUUGCAUCACAUCAAGGAAUCAAGGAGAAACAAGUUCAAGUUUAA